CCGCAAGACGGGCAACCACGGACCUGCCGUCCUCAGCUGAGCUCAGGCCUCGUCUAUUUACAACGACGGUUUCCGGGCAGCGUAUCUAUUCCCCUCGGCGAGGCCCCAUCUUGGACUGAUCUGAUAGCUACCUAGUCGAAUGUCACACACAUAUGAUUUGAUCUUCAGCAAUCAUGCCAAUCCCAACGCGUUCCCUUUCGCUUCGUGAGCCCCGCAAACAGAAUUCUCCUACAGUGCGCACGACGACGACAACAACAACAACAACAACAACAACGGGUAAGCCGGCAUCCACGACCUCGACAUCAGCAACCAGCACAUCUUCCAGUGCUGCGACCAGCACCGAGAACCUCGUGACUCGGAGCAAGAGUCUUUUGCCUGUUCGCGAUGAGGGACGUGCGACAAGACCUUCUCGUUUACAACAACCGUCUGAACCCCGCGUAGCGCAGAGGACUAGCAAGGCCUCGGAUAAGGCUCCGCAAUCGCAGCCCGCCCAGGAGAAUACCGGUAUAACCCGUCGCCAAAGCCUGAUCAGACCGAGCCCGCUGAAGCCCUCCGCACCUCUGAAGCCUACAUCUGCCUCGUCAAGAAGGCCUACUGUUGCUCCGAGUCCAUCAUCGCCGGUUAAACAGGAGAUACCCUCGAGGCAGAAUGGACGGCCUUUAUCGCCGAAGAAAACCGAGACACUCUCGAGACAGAAUGGUCGGCCUUUGUCCCCGAAGAAAACUGAUAUGCCUCCGCCCCCGCGACUUGCCCGGUCGGCUUCUCUCAGACAGCCUGCUGCCCCGAGCUCGAGCACACCGACAGUGACUAGAGGUCAUGCGCGGCAUCGCAGCCAGGGAAUCGUGAUACCUUCGGGGGGUCAAUCUCCGAGGAAAGUUGACCCUCCUUCGCCUUUCCCUACCUCCGCCACUGUACGGUCACGGGCUCAGCUCUCGACUUAUCAACAACCGCUCUCCCCAAAGAAGGUGGCUAAGCCAGCGACUGCAACACAAGCGGCAGCUCCGCCCGCCGUGGAUGCGGAUUCUUCGUUACUUCCCUCGUCUUGGCCGGAGAUUGCGGCGCUACAAACAGAGCUAUUACAAUUGAGUUUGGUUCACUUGUCUUCGUGCAAACAGCACAACGAAUGGGAGACUACCGCGGAAGCACGACUACGGAGGGAUUAUAAUUUGGUGGCAGGCGAUUAUCAAGCGGCCUUGGCCGAUGAGAAGCAGUACCAGAGACAGCUCAACGGGCAUGCGUUGCAACACUGGCUUGAGAACACGCGUGAGCGCAAUGGACAACGAGGCUUUGCAGAGCAGAUCCGUAUACUUUCUCAGGUGGCAGAGGAGGUCUACAAUUUAUCCGACAACUUGGACGGCCGGCACACAGUGGCUGUCCAGGAAUUCGAAGUCUGGUUCCAAAGAGUCGAGGAGAUCCGGACAUUCCGUUUUCAUCAUGGUCGCAACUUGGACCGGGUGGUUUUUAUCGAUCCUCUGAACCAUGGGUGGCGGGACGAGACAUCUGCUUUGGUCAUGAAGCUUGAACUGUGCCUGAGACAGCUGCAGAGCUUGGACAUUCUUGGAUAUGGAGAUCCGGGGCCUUUAGGCGACUCCGCGCUGUUCCGCACAGCAAAGGGUCUGGAGGAAAUGGCCAGCAUGAUGGUUGAGGAGCUGAACACGAUCCGUAAGAUUGAAAGCGACGUCGUAAAGUCAGAGCGCGAGUGGGUUAGUCAGCUGGCCCGGCAAUUGACUGCAAAUCAGGCACAUGAUCAGAAGCGCCCAACAGUUGGAAUGUGGAGACGGCCGUCGUUGAACUCAUGAACUUUGUGCUGUCUGCUGAAGAAUUGCGAAGAAUUGCAGUGAAGGUUGAACUGCAAAGUUACUUGUCGCGGUCAACCUGAUCCGUUACU